AUGGACUACUACACAAAUGCCAUGACCUGCACCGAGUGCAUCGAUCUCGCAGCCAACAUCGCCGACCUCCGGCAUGCCCUUGCGCGCAUUAAGAUUGAAAUAAAGCGCCGAGAGAUAAAGAGCACGGCACCAUUUCAAUUCGAUAAGAAAGACAUGCGAAUCAUUAAACUCGAGUCUUGCGUCAAUGAAGCUCAAGAAGCAGAGAUCAAGGCUGCCGAGGCUGCGUACCAAGAGUGUAAGCGCCAUCUCGAGAUUGUGAAAAGUCUUGACUGCAAAGACCUGGAGGCGAAGAGCGACAAGUGUGCUAAACUUAAGAAGGAUCUUGAUGCACGGAGGCAGCGAGUAGAGGAGGCUAAGAAGAGACAACUGGAGUAUCUGGUAAACAUCCGCUAUGCAGACGAUGACUGA